GCAUUCAGAUUUCGCGAUGAUCCGAGGGCGGUUGUCGUUGGGCCGUCUGUGGCCGUUGGCGGCGGCUGUCCGGCCCUUCGCCAGCCCCGUGGAGCCUCGGCGGCAAUUCCGCGCUGGCAGGUCCCGGCAACGCGACUUCUACCAAGGUUUUGAGAAGGAGAUGGACCUCUUCCGCCAGAGGCUGAAAGCAGCCCUUCCUGGUACUGACUGGAACCCUUGGGGCAUUUCAAAAGAUCUCCCUCCUGAGUGGGCAGACGUGGUCAUUGUUGGAGGUGGGAUAAUUGGCUGGUCCAUUGCGUUCUGGCUGAAGAUGAGAGAGCCGCAUAGAAAUGCGCUUCGGGUGGUGGUUGUUGAGAGGGACCUCCAGUACACCAAAGCGUCUACCGUUCUGUCCGUAGGAGGGAUACGGCAGCAGUUUUCGUUGCCUGAAAAUAUCAGGAUGUCCCGGUUCUCGGCUGAGUUCUUGCGCACAGUCAACGAUUACCUUGGUGUUUUCAAUGAGCCGCCCAUCGAUAUCCAGUUUAAUCCCUCGGGCUAUCUCUUCCUGGCCACAGAGGAAGGAGCUGCUGUGUUGGAGGAAAAUGUGCAAAUUCAAAGGAUGGAAGGAGCUGAGGUGUCCCUGCUGUCACCGACCCAACUGAAAAAGACAUUUCCAUGGGUGAAUACAGAUGGCGUAGCUUUGGCUUCCUAUGGCCUAGAAAACGAAGGGUGGUUUGACCCAUGGACUCUCCUCAACGCCUUGCGGAACAAAGCCAUGUCAAUGGGUGUCUUCCAGAGUGUUGGAGAAGUGACAUCUUUCCAGUGUCGAUCUAAUGAAAUGGUGACGGCAGAUGGGGAGAUUGUUGAUUUCCCCCGUAUCAUGGUUGCUAACACUCCCCCAAUAAGGUGUGCCAUAGUGGUGAAUGCAGCAGGCGCCUGGUCAGGGAAGUUGGCGGAGAUGGCCGGCGUUGGGACCGGGCCACCAGAAUCGUUGGCAGGGAUCAAACUUCCUGUGGAACCUAAGAAAAGGUACGUCUAUGUCUGGCACUGCCCCAAUGGGCCCGGCUUGGAGACACCCAUGUUAAUUGACUCCACAGGAGCUUACUUCCGCAGGGAAGGCAUAGGUGGCAAUUACCUUGGAAGCUUAAGCCCCACAGAGGAGGAAGAGCCAGACACCCAGGACUUGGAGGUAGAUCAUGAAUUCUUCCAAGAAAAAAUCUGGCCCAAGCUGGCUCACAGGGUGCCUGCCUUCGAAUCGCUGAAGGUGAAGAGUUCCUGGGCUGGUUACUAUGACUACAACACCUUUGAUCAGAACCCUGUGAUUGGCACGCACCCACUGGUGCAGAACCUCUACUUUGCCUCUGGCUUCAGUGGGCACGGACUGCAGCAUUCCCUGGCGGUGGGCAAAUGCGUCACUGAGCUCAUUCUGGAUGGAGAGUACAAGACCGUUGACCUCAGGAGAUUCUCUUUCGAUAGGCUCAUCAAAGGCGAGAAGAUUCUGGAGAAGAAUAUAAUCUAACAGGGCUAGAGUGUUUGCUCUCCCUUCCCUUCCCCCCAGGGAAAAUACGUCCUCCCUUUCAACUGGUCAUGGAUGACACUGCUGAGUCGCACCGCUGGGAGAUUGGAUCUAUCAGAUGCUGCCAGUGAGGAAAGUUUUGCUUGUGUUAAUACACAGACUGGAUUGUGGAUAACAAAAGGGAAUGUCUGAUGACACCUCAAGUUGAAGAAGACGUCAGUGCUUACCUUGCAAGACCAAUUUUUUUUUCCUUCAGAAGGGAAGAAGCACAGCCUGAGUUCAUCUGCUCCUGGAUGCUGAAAUGGGGCACUUCUAAAAUUGCCCUGUGGUAAAAUCAGCCCUUGACUUUGAGGCAAAAGACUUUAUAGGACUGGCCACCGCUGCUCUUUGUCCCCAGUGGAGGAUUUCCCCCUAACUGAUAUUACAACAUAAUCGUAAGCAUAUUUACUCAGAAGGAAGUUUCAGUCUGACAUGGGAAUCAUUGAGUAUAGUAAUGUAGACUUGAGCCUUUGUGGUCUUGAGGACAGAUAAAAUGAGGUCUUUAAAAAUUCAUAGCAGAUCAUGAGUCAUUUCUUUCAGAAAGAAAGGCUUUCAUUAAAACCAAUUGAAAACAAUACAGCAUCCUUCAAGUACAUUUAUUUAUAUAUGGCCACAGCUGUUCACAAAGCAGCAGCAAACAAACCACUUUACAAUAGGGACAUAAAUAUUAUCAGAUAAAAUUUGCAACAAUGUAAUCAAGCUUAAAACAGCAAACAACAAUCAGGUCAACAUAUCAACCAAUAAAAUCUAUUUUGGACAAUUGG